AAAACCAAGUCAUUUCUUCAUGAUUAAGAGUUGGUGACUUAUUUUACAAUUUUUCCCCAACGAAAGUUUUCUUUUCUUUUUAUCAUCACUUUUUCACCUAUCAACAUCGGUGAGACUCCGUGAUGAAAAAUUGAAACACACACAAUGGUGGUCUAUGGACCCCCACAAAACCAUUAAAAACAAACUCGUGGCAAAACGGUGUCGUUCAAACUUAAUCACAUCACAUAAAGCUACACUUUACUUAAACAAGAACCAAAAAAAAAAAAACAAGAUUCUUCUCUCUCUCUCUCUCUCUGUGUCUCUCACAUGGCUCAUCUCUUAAACCGCGUUAGAUCUUCCUCUUCGUCGAUCUUCCCAUUCACUAUAACAUUCCUCGUUCUCUUCACCGGAAACUCACUCGCCGGAGAAUUACGUCCUUCCGAUCAUGGCUUACAGUAUCAGUUCAGCUCACCACCGACUGAAUCUCACUCACCUCCGGGAAAAAUGAAGUCCUUCUUCGGAGAUUCUCAUUCUUCUCCACCUCCUUCUCACUCUCAGCUCCUUCCUAAAGCCACCGCGGCAGACGGCGGAGAUGAUGAUUCUUGGUGGCGAGACGGGGCUGGUUACAGACGUGAUCACGUGAUGAGGCACGUGUUUCUUGCGGCGAGUAUCAUCUGCGGUGUCUCCGGCGUUGCGCUUCUGGUGGUUUUUACUUUGAUUUAUUUCUUUAGGUAUCGGAAACAUAACCAUUCGAACUCACCCGGUAACGAUUCAAAAGAAAUUCGAUUUUGAUUUUGAUUAUUAUUUUUCUUAGAUUUGAAACUUUAAAUGUUUAUCUAUAUUUCUUUCUUUCAACUGAUCUUUACUUUGUAUAAAUUAAUUGUUUUUAUUUCAUUUUAAUAUAUUGUAGCACUUUGCUUUAUUUCGACGA